CGCGGUCCGUACUUUAUACUGAAUAUCUGCUAUUUCGUCACGCACGGUAGUAGUUUUUUGUUUCGAUUUGACGAAAAAUGAAUUAACUUCGGUUUUUUGUUUUGGUGAGUUUUUAUGAAAACGACUGCCUCAGGCUUCGAUAGACAUUUCAUCGAAAUAUAAAGGGAAUCGGGAUGUGGUCGCAUCAAAUUAUCUUGAUAGUAUUGGUUAUACAAAUACGUGCAAACAACAACACACACAGUACAUUUUACGAUGCCAUCACAUACUGUUCCCAAAAGGGAGGGCUGGCGUAUAACAGUAUUGUAACAGCGUCUCUUCUUACGGAUUACAAAGUUGACGACUGUAUUCUCGCGUACAAGUUAGAACUUAACGAUGGUGAAGCAUUGUGGGUAAAUCUACAGGCUGAAAUAGGACAUUAUAUCACAGAGCACGGCUGUGCCUCAGUUUUACCGAAAGAUUUCAUUUUGAAUUUAGUAGGAAAACCGUCCUUGUUUCAAUGUACGAAAGAGUGCUUGGCGCGUGGUUCCAAGAAUUACAUUGCUUUCUAUAAUGCCCAAUGUUUUUGCAUGGCUGACGACUAUUCGGACAUGGAAUGUUCGGAUUCAACACUUAUUGUCGUUUACCGUAAAGUGCAGUUUGAUGUAAAACAUGGAACGCACAGAUGUAUUGUUGCAAAACAAAAAAACGGUGAAUUCAAUUAUAUGAGCAGGAAAUGCUCUCACAAACAUCGAGGAAUUUGUGUUGAUUACAGUUCCGAGUCAAAGCUCCAAAUUGACUGUAUGAAAAAUUAUAAUACAUAUUCUGAGAUCGGACGCAAUUUUUGCGUUCCACCAACAAUAUUCACCAAAGAUGAAAUCAAGACAAAAUGUACAAAGUACAAAGGUAAAUUGACUCCGCACAUAUACCAAGGUAUCAGUCAUUAUCUGGACGACGGAUUGUACUUUCAGGACAGUUUCCUUACGUUUGAUCCAAAAACUCCUGGAGAGUACUCCGAGCCGGAAAGUGUUUGCUUGUCAAUCACAAAGCAAGGUUGCACGCUGAUACUGGAAACAGACAAGUGUGACAAGAAGAAUAGAUUUCUCUGCGAUAAGGACAUACAAAACUAUCCGACUGGAGCAGCAAACCGCAUGGUUUCCAAUACCUUGUACUAUAUAUUGCUUUUUUAUCUGCUUUUAAAACUGCAGUCUGAACAAUGUACCUAGUGUCAGGUUGCAAAAUAAACUUGUUGUAAGUAGAUCAAUACAAUGAUGACCAAAAGGCACUGACCGAAAGAAAAUUGUCAAAACCUUCAAUAAAACUAAUUACUGAUGUAUCACAUCGCUCACGACCGUUUUUGCGGGGUUGGGUGUGUUGGGUGGGGGUGUAAUAUGCAGUUUACUGGGUGUGUCUACCACCUAAAUUCCAGGAAAUUAAAGAAGAAUCGGUAUAUGUAUCUGUAUUUUAUCAUGUGACUUUCAAUUGCUAAAUAUACACACUAUAAUCUGGCAAAACCGUACGCGCUAUCGUCAUAGGGGGUAAAUUGUAUUUUUAUGAAAAGCGUUUCAAAUAUAUUUGAUCGUAUUUUGUUUAACUACCACCAUUUUCAAUGAUCAUUCCGCCUCGUGAAUUAUCAGGUUUGAUACCUGAUACAUGUAGUGUAGCGUACUUUAUUAGAAUAGUAUAAGGGAUCACAUAAUAAACUGUUAUUGAUAAAAUUUUACGUUCUACGAAUGGCCCGGUUCCUAUAUCUAUUAUACGCCUAUCAAAUUCCUUUUCCAUAUCCAACAGUGAAAAUACAGCACGCCGUAUUAAAAAUUCCGUAUCAUGAUACUGUCGUUUUCUGAUUCCGUAUCAUGCAAGAACCGUGUGUAAUCUCGGAACUACUUCCGCAUUGCUAAACAUGUGAUGAGCAGCUCGCCAAUACAAAAAAGGCGAAUUUGCGUCAUCGAUAGAAAUAGCGAUUGACUCACGAACUUCCCUCAGUUCUGCAUGUACUGAAUGUUGGACUCACCAGAAGAGACAUUAGUUUGGAGGGAGGUUACCGACUGCUGUUGAGGAUUUGUACCAUCAAUAUCACUCAAAAGCACGCUGUUUACAAAUGGCCAACCUAUGUUGAAUGGGGUACUCGGGUUACUAGUGUUGUCCGGUGGGGGGCAUAAAGUGAUGCGACAUUGACAUAACAGGGGGUCUUAGUUUGAUUGUUAACAGUGGGGUGUUGUAAUAUGUUUUCGGAUUUAAUACGUCAUGGGAUGCUACGCAACAAUGAUGUCAGGUGAUCGAUGCGGCCAUUCAACUGCUUUUGUUCAAACAACAAAGCUGUCUUAACUUUCCACCUCCAUAUUGGAAACAAGAAGGGUGGUGUGGGUUUUUUUACACAUUGGAUAGUGCCGGCAUUGCAGACAGAUUCUGGUUAGAGUGACUUUAAAAUAUCGCAGUCUCUUUUCGAAGCAUUGUCUGCAAGCUUUCUCCAAUGAGGUUGCCAAAAUGCUCACGCAAACUACAAUGAUAGAAUCUAACCGAGGGCCAGUAUUUGUAAUGGUCUGCAAUUUUUCAAAAAGUUAACUAGCACUUUAGACUAUCAAUGUUUACAAAUAAAUGCUCCUAAGUAGAUAUAUAAUUUGAUUGAACUUUCAUCUGUUGUCUUCCAUCCGGCUACAUUUCAAAAGCCUUAAAAGUAAAUGAAUGUAAAAAAGUGGGCUAGCUAAUGGCAGUCCAUGGAGGCUUCGACGCAGAAUCAAUUUAUCAACUGUAAAGAACGGAAGGGAACUAUUUAGUGUCGAUAUUGAAAAUCAUUUCUUCAAACGCGGUAAGAAAAAUAUAUUUGCUAACAAAAAUUCAACACAAAGGUACUGGAACGGGCUAAUUAAACACCGCUGCCACCAAUUAAGUUUUUCAUUAUUUCCAUAUCACUGUCAAAUCAUUUUUGCUUUCGGCUCAAACAUUGACAUUAAAAACAAUUAUAAUUUUACAAAAUCAUAAUUUUCACUUGAGUUAUUCCACAUGUAGUAAUAAUGGCAACACGAAUUAACUAACGCAACUAUUUACCUUUAAUCUAUAUUGUAUUGUUAAAUCAUAAGUUCUUGUACAUACAUGUAUAUAUAUAUUUACUUAUAGACAUUGAAAUUAUAUUUCCAUGGUAUUAUAAAUCUCAUGUAAUGAUUAUUCCAUGUAUAUAUGUACAUACCCGAUCUCACUUAUAAAUAUGUCUAUGUAUAUGUAUGUAAUGCCAUGUUCAUGUAUUGUUAAAUCAUAAGUACAUGUAUAAUAUAUUUACUUAUAGACAUUGAAAUUAUAUUUCCAUUGUAUUAUAAAUCACAUGUAAUUAUUAUUCCAUGUAUAUAUGUACAUACUCGUUCUCACUUAUAAAUAUGUCUAUGUUUAUGUAUGUAAUGCCAUGUUCAAUCUCUUCAUCAAAGUAGGAAAUACAGAAUUAUGUAUCUUAUACUAAUCUGGAACAAACCAAACUUAUCAUUAAAUAGAAGGAAUAAACUAUGGGUGUCUUUUCAAGCUUCGUUCUUAGUACGUCUGUUCUUCACAACAAUUUGUCUCCAACUCCCCGAGAUGACUAGUGCCGUCAGCAUUUUAUAUAUAUAUAUCAGAAUUGACUGUUAGACCUGUGUUUGCAAAAAUAUGUCCGUAUGUUAUGCUGGCUUCCGAAUUUCCCAGUUUUCAAAACAAAAUCAGUUAUGUUAACAGUUUUAUACAACCUUUGUUUCAUAAAAAGACAUGUACGCGGUUUGCAAGAAACAUUACAUUUCAAUCUCAUUUUGAAAGUGUAAAGCCAGUUUCACAACAAGUAUACUGAUGCAAGUUUGUCGGUGGUAUCUAGAUGUAUAUAACCGUAGCCAGAGUGACAUAUAUAAUUACCCCCUCAAAACACCACCAACAACCAACACGCCCCGCUUACGUCGACCGAUGGGUGUUGUUUAAACCUUACGCAGCCCCUCUGAUAUUUUUGGGAUCGUUCUUAGAUUAAGUAUUAAAUGAUGAAAAGUUAUACUACAAUAUUGUUAUUUUAAUUUUUCAAUGGCAUUCAGUGUUUAUAAUUGUCGCAAAAGUUAAAAAUCGUAUAAACCGUUAACAUUCAAAUAAACUGUGUUAAGUUCAAAGUAAAUAUUUUAGUGACAAUUUUAUUCAAAAUCAAUACAUUCACAUGUAUAAUAAACACACAUUUUGACUGAUAAACCUUUAAAUAGUUAGUAAUUAAUGAUUGUUAGGAAAAUAUUAGUAACUGAUAACAAGUUUGUAACCGUGUAUUUAAUAACAGAAAGCGCAAAAAUAUUAAAAGAUUGGUGAAUGCUAAAAUAUUAACUGUGGUCUACUAUAGUCUCAUAAGGUAGAAAUAUCGUGUUUAAUGCUCAUUUCUCUCAAAUUAAACUCGGUAUCCUUUAUAAGAACCAUUGUUUUCUAUAUUUGUUCAUCAUUUUUGGAGUUUGAAAACAAUAUAAUUAAUUGUGGUCAAUCUUAUCUGGGAGUAAGAGUGCAUCUUUAAGACACCUAUGAAACGAUCAUAUAUGUAAUAAUUCAUAUUCCUACCAAUGCUUUUUGCUUGAUGAUGUGGUGUUUAUGCAUGGCAACCCUGUAACUAUUUUGUACAAAUGAUUAAAUACACCUGCCUUAUCCGAGCUACCAAACUGGGUAAAACAUGUAUGUCGCGUAAAGUGAGCCGGAACAACAAUGUGAUCAUUGCUACGGCGCUUUGAGGGAAUAUCUUUUAAAUAAAAUCCUCUAGUUUUUCUUAUAUUAUGUUGGCUUACUCAUAGAUAUUUUGGAACACCUUUUUAAACAUCAACAAUAUAACACGUUUUUUUCAAUUUUCAUAAACUUAUCUAAAUAAAGUACGAUAGGUUUUCAUUUCCUUACGAAUUUGGUAAUUAUAAAGCACUGCGCGAAAAUAAAUGCACUAUUUCUCAACUGGUGCAGUUUGAGCAAUAAUUGUUUGUUUGUAAUAUAAAACUCCGUCGCAAAAUACACUUGAAUGACCGAAGUGUAAGUAGCAUGAACAACAAUUGCUAUAUUCGCAAAAUAUUCGUAAAAUCGACUGUAAGUAUAUACUGAUUGAAAUCGAAAGUCACAAUCCUGAUAUCAUGUUAAUACUCAUUGAACACAAAUUUAAGACAGGUAUGUUUUUCAAGGGAACCCAGUUAGAAAUAAAUAUAACUAAAGUGUCAAAUCUAAAUAUAUAUGUUCUAGUUAAAGGUGUAAAAAAUAUGUUUGUUUCUUGUUUCCCGACAUACCCAUUUUUGCCGCGACACUUAAGGUUUUUAUUGCCUUGAGUAAUAUUCUUUACCGUUUGUUUGAUUUGUUUUUAAAGUUAAAGAAUGAAAUGUUUGUAAAAUAAAAAAUAAAAGAAAUGAAAAAUAUGUUCCGACCUUCUUUUCUUUUUUGUAGCAGCAUGAAACCGGAAACAAACAUAUUGUUUAAUGUUCACGCCUCGCAUUAUCAAGCAGGCCAUUCAUUGAAAUACAGUUUAAAACCGGAAACAAACAUAUUGUUUAAUGUUCACGCCUCGCAUUAUCAAGCAGGCCAUUCAUUGAAAUACAGUAGUCUUGAUUGGUAAGAAAACUGGUAAGGAAAUGAAAUCAGAGCUUAUUUUGUGUGUUGUCGGGAUUUUUAUGAGUAAGAUGGUCUCAAGCUUGGAUAGACAUUUUACCGGUUCAACUCGACCGGUGACUGCGUGCUUGUUGACACACGAGCCUGCUCUGAACAACGUAGAGAACAAAGAAGCGCUGAUCAGGCUGGUCAAUACAUUUCCAGAUGGAAGCAGAAUUAUCAUUCAACAAGUUGGGGCAAACAGUCAAACUCAAAAUAUUUCAUUUAAAAAAGAGAAAGACCACAGAUUUUUCGAAGACAAAAUUCUUGACCUACAGUCCAAAAGCCCAAGUGGAAGUGCAAUGUCAGUGACGCGAUUGUACCAUGCUCUGAACGAAUGUUUUCCGAUCAACGAACCAAACCUGUUGGCACAAAUAGCAAUGAUUGUCGCGACGCCUGACGCAUACCUAGUUGGCAGUUCAGUGGACAUCGUCGCCAGAAACAUAAAGACCUAUGUUGCCAACACCGAAACCGACCGACCAUUGUCAUACAGUUUGACUUCCCUGGCGACAGAUAAUACACAUGUGAUAAGCAUUCAACAACUGGACACAUUCAAGGACCUGCUAAAAUUUGAUUCGAACCUAAUUUGCCGAACUGACAGAUACUACUCAGGGUUCAUCCUCGGAUGCCAAGCAUGUUCAACCGUGUGCCAAAUUAUGACGAAACCCGUUUUCAACAGUUGGUGUAACGAUGCGAAAAAUACUGAUCAGUGUCACUAUUACAUACAAGAAAAGCAAAGACCUUCAGUGGACGAUGACAAGCAUAACAAAAAAACGAAAGAUACUGACAUGUGGCUUGGAAUCGGGAUAGGCAUUGGGGCUGCUGCCUUGCUUUUUGGAAUUUUGAUGAUAGUGAUCUACAAUACUUUGAACAAAAACGUUCCAGUUGACAAUAGUCCUAUUGAAGAGGUGGGAGAAGGGGAUGCAACAAAUGAACCCGUUAUAAGCAAUCACCACCCCUAUGAAACAACAGACGAACAAACACCAAUGCUAGAAUCGUCUUCAGAUCUUGAUGGCGACUCUUUAUCGGAGAUGGAAAAUGGCAGCGACGAUGAAAGUAAUCUAGAAAAUAAUGUAAUUGACAUUGCUAGUGAAAACAACGACAACAAUUCCCAAGUAAAUGGCCGCCAAACACAACCGAGGAGAACUUCUGUCGUUACGUCCGAUGCUGAUGACGAAAGCCUACAACAACCAAACUUACAUGAAGGGGAUACGAACAUCGGACGAGCUAUCCAUGAGCAGAAUAGCACCAAUGAAAACCGGGCAGUUGGGACAGAGGACAACUCAAAACUGAUGGUUCCGAUUUCUGAUGUACUUGCAACUGGAAACUUAUUUCAGCUACCAGAACCAAACAAAAUACAUCCUGAUACGACCCCGCAUACUUCUCAGCCAUCUUCAUCCAGACCGACGGUUUUGAACGCUGGCUUUUAGCUAAACUCAGGGACCUAUCUGCUCGUUAUAACAACACGCAUUGAAAUUAAGAACAAAUAAUCAAACAAUACAUAAAACAUAAAAGACUAAUAUGAAAUGGAAAACACGAUUAUUUAAAAACAUAUGAGUUUCAAUUUUGAAUACAUGUUGAAGACAAAUUAAAACAUGCACAAAAAUAAAAGAACAUGCACUUAUUGUUUAAAUGAAGAAAUAGCAAAUCAAUUAUAUUAUUAUUCAGUAUAAGCAUCUUUUAUACUAUAAUAAUUGCAUUUUUGUAAAUUGCAAGUUUCUUUAAAGUCAAAAAAGCAGAUAGGUCCCCGGGUUACACAACCCACAUGACAAUUGUGUCACUGACAUCAACAUUUUCAACUUGUUCAACAAGACAAAUUUAUGUACAUCUGCGGGAGCAAUACUCGUACAUUCUGGGUCCAUAUUCACUAACCUCUCGGGUCUUUGUUUGGAACUCCGGCUAAAAAGCUGGUUUUAAAAAAUGCUUCAAAGAAUCUUUGACAUGAUUAUAGUUUACAAACGUGUGUAUAGUUUUGUAAAACAUACAGGUUUAACAUAAGGAGCAAAUUUUGCAAAGACUGUUCUUCAAAUAACUCAAGACGUUAGAUAAUAUAAACCUUGGAUUGGUAUUCUGGUCAAUGCUAAUAGAAACAAAAGUGUAACAAAAGAGCCCUCUUUUUAACCUGGGUGAAAUUUGUAUAAAACACUCAGUUUCUAAAGGAACAUUCAACGAGAUCAAACGAAUAUGAAUAUACCAAUGAAUCACAUUCCUAUUAUCAAUAUACAGUAUGGAGAUUUGGCUGUAAUAAAAGUAAAUUGGUUUAGUAUAUAUCAGCAAAAUAUAAUAGGAUGGGUCAGGAAAGGAUAGGGUUUUAGGAUGAUAUCGUAAGAUGUUUUCUGAUGCCUUAUUGGAUUGCUAAUAUAAAUGGCUAAACUAGUUAUGCGAUUUUAUGCGCGUCUAAGAUGCCGUGUUUAAUCAUACCGUGUAACCAUUCCAGUUUUACCGCGUUCCAUGUAUUCGUGGGCGCACAGAAGUAAUUAUUUGGCAUAGUUAAUACUUUUGAAUUCAUUUAUAGAUGUUAUAUUUAACAGCAGAAGCAUUUUUGUUAUCAUUCGUAAUGCAAUAAGAUUAUCAUCAGAAUGUCGUUUUUACUACCUACUUUCUUAAAAAUAUUUAUUACUUUUCCUUAAAUGUAGGACCGAAGGGUAAGUGAUGGAUAUUGUACUUGAUUAGCCUUCGUAUCGGUAGGAGCUGCGACAAGGCUUAUAAAAGGCUUAUAGUAAAUAUUAAGUUAACGGAAAAUAUGACAUCUUAAUGUUUUGUGACUGCUAAGAAAAUGGUGGCGCCCAUAGGUUGAUGAGUUAAAAAGGGCAAAGAUACGUCUAACUUUAAGACCGUUUCUUAAUUUAUAAAAAAAGUUGGCAUGAGGCCCAAUUUGUAUUGUCAUGGUUAUUAUAGUUUCAUAGUUUAUUCCAAUGCAUAAAGGUCAUAGGCCCAUGAACAUACAUCAAUAAAAUUCAUAAUAUAUAAUAUAUAUAUAUAUAUUAGGGAUGGCAACGAGUAGUAAAAUUGGUACUCGAGUACUCAGGCAAUCAUCCGAUCGAGUACUCGGGUAGUCGAUUACUCGGAUACUUAAAUUGGUUUUCGGGAAAGACAAGUUCGUGUAUACAUGUAUCGGUCAUGUACAUUGUGCGUUGGUGGUUAUAUUUAUAUACAAUUCUGUCAAUCGAUCGUUGGUCCCUAAAUAUAUAAAAACAUGCAUACUUUGUUAUUCUAACAAGGUACUAACGAAACACUAAUGGUACAUAGACUGUGCCUAUACGUGUAGUAUAUAAUAUAACCAUAGUGAGGAGACUGGUUACAGAUAUCAUUGUAAUGUAUAAUACAGCAUCAUCAUAAUUAGAACAUGAAAUUUCUAAGUUCAAAUGCAUUGUGGAUAAAGUUGCUUAUUUCCUUUGAAUAGUUAUAUUUGUAUUUGUAAAAAGUUCAACAAAAGGGAGUAUAUUUGGUCUAUUCUAAUAGUAUUUAUGUACAUGUGUUGUCUUCUUCAAUCACUAUAUAAAGUACAUUCAAACAAGAAAUGAAAUUCAUUUUCUACUUAAUGGCAAACUUGACAUUUUCUUUCAUUAAUUGGAGUAGGUUUGUGCCAUCUACCGACCUCAAUUUCUUAUCUGUGAGACGAAAUUCUAAGUCUCGUCAAUGCUUUCCUAAAUUUAACUAUAUAGACAUCACACAAAUAUGGUUGUUACUUAAAUCCUGCGAACAAUACAUAUGUUUUGGCUCUAGAUGAAUUAUUAAGUUCUGCAAACUAUUUUGUAUAUAAAUCUUUCAGUCUCUGUUUCAGUUCACAUAUCAAUAAUCAAUAUAUUAACAUCACCAACACUUUGAAAUAACCAUACAUCAUAUUAUUCUAGUGAUUGUUAUAUAUCUCUAAUAGUUUUUAAUAUUUUGGACCAUGACUUACAAUUUUGUUUAAAAAUUACCUUGUUUUAUUUAUAUUUACACUAAGUUUUCAUCUAUUACAGUAAUUUUCUAACAACAACAGCUUUCACUGUAUUGUAUAUAUUUCUUUGCCUGUUUAAUGGUUGCAUGUUUUAGCUUGUGUCUAGCUUUUAAAUGAUUGUUAUUUUAAUUAAGUUAUGUGCUUAUUUGUUUACUAUUUAUGUGGACCACUGAUUAUAUAUAUUAAUAUUUCGUUGGUGUCGAUCGCUACAAUAAAUAAUUGAGUAAACUGUAAAGUUGUCAUAAUAUAACAUCUGUUCACUGGAUCGUAUUAAUGUUAAACAAUAUAGGUUUGGCUGUACCUGACGCAUGUUUGUAUUUUACACUAUAUGUUCAUAUUCUUCGCUUGUUUAUAAAUUUUCAAAAAAAGUUAAAUAAAGUCUAGUGUUCAUUAUAAAGUACCUUGUGUUUCGUUUGGACAAGGUGCCAUUACUGAUAUGAACAAGCGCAUGGCAAAAUAAUAUUAAUAUUUUUAUAUCAUGGUUGUAGAUAAAAUAAUAGUCAGCACUUUUAAAACAAAAGUCUGGUAAAUGUGUUAAAGUUAAUGGAUAGAUUAUCAUAUGAAUUAAAUAAAAUACUGCAUCCAAUAAAAUUUCGAAAAGUUGAUUGUACUGAAAGUAUUGUACAUAUGUAUGUUAUUGUACAUUUCUUGUUUUUAUAAGCAGGUAUGCUUUGUAUCAUUUCUUGUCUAAAUAUUUAUACUAUUGCAGUUCUUUCCUUGUAUUCAGAUCAUUCUCUUUAUUGUUUAUUAUAUUUUGUUACCACUCUCAUUUUCUUCAUAUGUAUUUUUUAUUGUUUCACAAUACCAUCAAGACUGAAAAAUAGCAGAACACAGCAUACGGUAAUUCCUUUCUUUUGAAAUACAGGUAUGCCUUUUAA